GAAAUAAUUCGCGUUCAGAAUAAAUCUGAACGCUGAAACUCCGGUCUGCAAAAACCAUAACGAAAAUUAAAUACAAUACUAUUAUAUCAAUAUGCUUAAAAUUGCAAAAGAACAUAACCAACUCAUAAAGUUUUAGUUAAUUAGUCCAUUUUUACCUCAAAUAGCGUCGAAUUGAAGUUAAAAGGCAUAAUUUGUUUCAGUUAAACUUCUGCUUAAAUCGCAAUACAAUCACUGACCUCUCGCCAUGUUAUGAAAUAUUUAAAUAUCAACCAAUCAGAAGAAGGCAUACGGUGUAAUAGGCUGCGUUAUCGAUUAAAAUCUACCUGCCGUAUAUAGCGGGCACAGCGAUUGGAAUUGAAAAUAAUUCCGCAAUGGACAAAUUCCCAUUAUCCUGUGACACGUUUGUAGCACUGCUGCCAGCUACAGCCAGUGGCUAUGUGAUCUUCGGCAAGAACUCUGACAGGCCGGACAAUGAGGUUCAAGAAGUGAUCUACCGGCCCGCUGCAAGUUUCCAACCAGGGGAGAAAUUGCAGUGCACCUACAUAGAGGUGGAUCAAGCGCUGAGCACCAAUGCGGUGAUCCUCAGCAAACCAGCCUGGAUGUGGGGCGCAGAAAUGGGGGCCAACGAGAAAGGCGUUGUCAUAGGUAACGAGGCAGUGUGGACAAAGCUGAAUGGAGCCGAGGAUUACACUGAGUGCCUUCUGGGAAUGGAUCUCUUAAGGCUAGGCUUGGAACGCGGGUCAAGUGCCCGUGAAAGCCUGGAGGUGAUCACAGCACUGUUGGAGACCCACGGUCAGGGUGGAGCCUGCGCAGAGGGUGGAGACAUGUACUACCACAACAGUUUCAUUAUUGCUGACUGCACAGAGGCCUGGGUGCUGGAGACGGCCGGAAAAUUGUGGGUUGCAGAAAGGGUCACAGAAGGGGUGAGGAACAUAUCAAACCAGUUGACAAUCACUACAAAAUAUGACCUGUCUUCCCCAAAUCUGGUCGAAAAGGCAACCGACCUCAAACUGUACAAACCUGAAGAUGGCGAGUUUAACUUUGCAAAAGUUUUUGACCAGGAUUCCAUGUCCAGUGUUAUUUCACGAUUCUGUAACGGCCGAAAAUUGAUGAAGAAAUAUGCAGAGAAUGGUACCUUCUCAGUGACCGACAUGAUGAACAUACUCCGGGACACGGACAGCGGCAUCAACAGGCAAUCUGGCACCUGCGGUAGUCAGGUCUCCAUGUUACCUAGCAACGGCACCUCUGCCUCCAUAGCAAUGGGCAUGCCUUGCUGCCAUUGGUUCACGGGCAUUCCCGACCCAGCAGUCAGCAUGUUUAAGCCGUUCAUAUUCACGCCUAACGUUUCGAUUGGUCACUUGACGACGUCGCCCGAUCACGGUGCGGACGAUCCUGCCAGAAAACAGCCGAGGUUUGGAGGCAAGGUCGAGCGAAGGCAUCCCCUUUAUAUUGCACACGAGAAAUUGCUGACAUUGCAAGUUCAGAAUGAGGCCAAGGCUUCAGCGAUAAUUAAGAAUGUUCGAGAUUUGGAGUUAAAUUGUGUCGCCGAUAUGGAUGAGGUGCUGAAAUGCUUUGAUGAAUCGUCAUAUUCUAAGGUGAAUGAAUUGUUCGCACAUAUGUCUAAUAUGGAGUCAAAUUUUUAUAAAUAGAUAGGUUUAUUUUUAUCGCAAGAAUUGUUACUUUUUCUAUGUAAUAGAAAACCAAUCUAGUCUAUAGCAUCAAGUGAUAUUGCUUACAUGUUUUUAAGAGGUGAAUAUCUGCAUAAUAUUUUUCUUGUGCGCUAAAUGUUGCAUUGAAGUUCUUUACAUUGAAGACCAUUGUACGUGUGAUUGAUCUUAAAAGGGCCUGUUAUCAUCAAACACUUUUUUGACAUAAGAAUAAAUAAAAAUCUGAGUGAACACAUGAAUGGUCAAAUGUUUUGCUACUUUUAAAAUCAUGUACAAGGUUUAUCAUACACAUACGCAACUUUGUUUUAUCAUAGUCUAUGGUUUAGUUUGACUACACUUCAACACCGUUAUUUCGAAGUCGUCGGAACCGUUAAAAAAACUUUGGAUUAACGAUAAUUUGAAAUAAACAUUUGACAGAAGACUUCUUUGAUUCCUUAAAAAUAAAACGUUGUAAAAUUCGCAUGGCUUGGUUACAGGCUUACUUAAAAACGUAAACUAUUCAGAUAGCAAUAUAUUUCUACUCGUAACAAACGGUGGAAUAAAACGAUUCUUUUUCUUGUUUUUAUUUUUCUCUAAUUACAGAACAUAUAAAAUAAAACGAAUAGCACAAAUUUCAGACAAACAUACAUAUGCAUACAUUUUCGGAAAUGAAUUUGUAAACAAUUAACUAAAUGUUAGACUAAUAUGUACAUGUACUAGCUUUUGUAUUUUAAUUUUACAAAACCUUGUUACCACCCUAGAUGUUACAAGUAUGACUCAAUCUAGAUCAUACUUGGUCAUGUUGUUAGUUUAGUGUAACCCUUUCAGUGCGGGAACCGAAUUUUGAAGGCUUUUGCAAACAGUUUGGAUCCAGAUGAGACGCCACAGAACGUGGCGUCUCAUCAGGAUCCAAACUGUUUGCUAUUCUGAUAAUAUUCUUUGAAAAAAAUCUAAGAAAAUGCUAAUUUUAGAAAUUCAGCAGACGACAUUUUAGCAGACGACAAAUUUCCCAGCAUGCAAAGGGUUAAACCUAUUCAUUUUACCUCAAUUACAUCGAUAGCCUAUGGCUGAUUGAAACGCUAUCCAUUCCGUUUCCUGGGACAUAGAACCAGUACUUGGUGUCUUUGGGGGAGAUUUAAAAAACUCUCCCACAGUGGGGAUCGAACCUGUGACCUAUUGGUUGCUAGGUAGACACCAUAUCCACUACUCCAUGGCAACCUUGGUCAGAAUUUUCAUUUUGACACUAUCAAAUCUGAUGAUUAAUUGGGGUUACAUGUGCUGAAAACAAGGUCACCCGUUCAAAUUUAAUUAAGGUCCCCAUGGUGAAAUGGAUAUGGUGUCCACCUAGCGACAAGGAGUUCAUGGGUUUAACCCCACUAUUGGAGAGAUCUUUAGAUCUCCCCCAAAGACACUAAUUACAAAAUGUACUGGUUGCUAGGCCCAGGAAAUGGAUUUAAGAGCAUUUCAAUAAACCUAGAGUUUUCAAUGCAAGAGAGCAAAAAUAAAUGGGUUUAAACUAAAUCUAAGAAAAACCUUUUUACCAAUCUAGAAAUAAAUUAAGUUUAUGUUAAAUGUGGGAAAACUCUUGAUGAUAUGGUAUAUGAAAGUUCUGUUUACAUGUGUAUGCUUUUGUGGUAUUGUGGUUAAAGGUCCAGUAAAUUUGACAUGAUCAUAGUUUUGAGACAAGAGUGGAUUUUUUAAGCAUCCAUGCCCUAUGGACACAUGUCUCAUUCAUGUAGGUCUAUUCUAUUGUUCUCUUAUUCUUAUAAAGUCGGUACUUCUAACAGGUCAAGUCUUCAAGGCCUGGUGAUGUAAAAUAAAUUUUAGCUUAAGGAAAAUGGUAUCUUUUUGUUUUGUAUUUGCUGUUUUUGUUUUUGCUGUUAAGGGUAUCCAUCAACUAUGUGAAACAGAAAAAUAGGUGAAACAUUUUCCCUUUAAGACUAUUGAAUAUGUGGCAAAAAUCUGGGGAAAAUUAGGAAAUUUGAGGAAAAGGUUAAAAAAAUCCUUGAUAAAAAAUGAAUUAAAAAUUGAAGUGUAGAAUUUGUAAUUAAAGAAACAUAAUUAUAUGUGUUUUGCAACUAAAAGUGAGUUAUAAUUAAACUUUCUCUACGGAACCUAAUAUUACUUUUGAAAAAAACAGACAAACAUCAAGAAAUUUGAUUUGGCCAGUCUGUUGUUGUUUUUCUUGUUGUUGUUGUUGUUUGUAAUUACCGGUAUGUAAGAUAUAGCAGUGUAUAUUUUGUGCUAAAAGGGUAAUGUUUCUUUAAAUGCAAAUUUAUUUAAGAUGAUGAUGAGGUUUUAAGGUGAUUUGACUGAAAGUGGUGACAUUUUUUGCUAUAAGCAUCUUGUAUGAAUUAAUUUUGGUGUUGUUAAUAUUAUAAACAGUGUUUACUUUUGUUCAGGUUGUUUGAUGAUGAUGCAAAGUUGCUUGUUGGAAAUUGAUCACAACUCCUUAUUGCUUCUUUAUAAAGUACCAGUAAAAGGUACUCUCCCAAUGAGAAAAAACUACUAAAUUUCCGAUUUUCUUCUAAAAAAUUCCCGAAAGGAAAGAAAAAUUUCGUCAAUUUUCUUCCAAACUUGCAUUAUCUUCAAAUGAAGAAAUAAAAUGAGUACUCAAACUUAACAUUUCAAGCCAAAAUGCAUGUAAAUGAAUGUUUGAAUUUUUUGUGCAAUUUAUACCAAGCAAUUUAAAAGACCCAAAGUUCCCAAACAGAAGAUUACAUGGUGCAAAUUUUCUUAAUUUUAGGGUUUUUCGAUAUAUUUUUUCACAAAUUUGUAUGGUACAGGUACUUUUCCCAAUUGGGCAAACAAAUCACUGGAUCACAACUGAGGUAUACAUGAAAAGAGCCGUUAGUCAUGUGAAAUACAUACAUCAAAUAAUGUUAACUUUUGUGUGUCAAAGAAUUAUUUCUUUCCAUCUUUUCUUGAACUAAAAUUGCAUGAGAAAUUGAACGUUCAUUGAAUGGUGGGUAGAUCUUUACAUUCAUACUCUUUUAACAAGUCAAAAAGGAAGCUAUGUGUCUUGAUGUUUUCUGAAAAAAUGUGAUAAUAAAUGCUUCAUUUUCUGAUCAAACUCAAAACACAUUUCUUUAAUUAAUCUUUGAACAAAUGUUGGGACAAUUUAUUUGUAUGUUUUCUAAUGGGAUAUGAAUGAAAAAUAUUUUGGCUUUCCCAUUUCAUAAUGUGACUUAUUUGUUUGGUGUUAUUGUAAAGCUACAGAUGUUUGCUAUGUUGUUGCAAUUUAUUUAUUUAUUGUUGAUACAGUUUUAAAGAUAUUUUAAAUUUUUCUUGGUAAAUCAUCUAUUUGGGAAAAAACAGGGUUGAGUUAAAACUAGAUUAUCCCCUGGCCAAGAUUUCUUGGUCCCAUUAUCAAUACAAUCGUCACAUUUGUGAGCUAUUUACUUCUGUUGCUACAGUGUAUUCUACAGUUAUUUCUACUUGUCUAUACUAUUUCCAUCUUUAAUUUAAAAACAAAUAAAGUACGAACUAUUUGAAACAUUCAACCCAAACAACAUACAAAAGCCAUGUAUUUUAUAACAAUAGGUUUUUCCCAUUGAAGAAAUGACAUAACUUUAAAUUGAUAUCACAUGAAUUUACGAUAGUUUUUAACCUUUUCUGUGCACUGACAUGUCCAAGUCUAAAUAUAUUCGAUUGGUAAUCUUCACUGUAGAUCAGUACUCGACAUCAAUGAGUUUACUUUGCUGUUAAACUGAUAUUGUCAUCGUCAAAUGUUUGUACCAUUAUCGUAACUAUUAAACCGAAUAAAACAAUAAAAUAUA